UAGAACUCAAAUACUUGGUUGGCGUCACCAGAAGUUGGUUUCCUACUGCAAAGCAAAACAACAAAAGCUUAUUUAAAUUUAUUUUUGUGAAAAAGGCCAGAAACUGAGAGAAGACCAAAGCGCAGAAAACAGGAACGCACAUAAGGGGAGAAAACAAACAGGGAGAUACACGCAGUGAGAGAGUGAGAGAGAGCGACAGAGAGAGAGAGAGAGAGAGGUGAUCGGUUAUGGAGAUGCUGUGGACAUGGCUGUUGAGUUUCUUCUUCAUUCUAGCUCUGUUAUGCAUUCUGGGUUAUCAGCUUGUGUGCUUGGUGGACCUCGAAUUCGAUUACAUCAACCCAUAUGAUUCAUCAUCUCGGAUAAACAGUGUUAUUUUGCCAGAAUUUAUUAUUCAAGGAGUUUUGUGCCUCAUUCUUCUUAUAGCGCGACAUUGGUUUAUGCUUCUAUUGGCUCUGCCGCACCUAUAUUAUAAUGUGAAUUUGUACAUGACGAGACAACACUUGGUAGAUGUGACUGAAAUAUAUAACCAGCUGAGCUGGGAGAAAAAGAAACGGUUUUUCAAGAUUGGCUAUCUUUUGGUCCUAUUCAUCCUUUCUCUAUUCUGGUUGCUUUGGAGCAUUGGAGAUGAAUAUGAUUAACCAGGCAUUGUUGCUCCCACCAAGCCUGCACACUGUUUCUAUGAUGGAACCCGAGAGACGGACAUGAGUGGAUAUGAAUCAGGACUUGUGCAAAUUCAGCUCGGUUUCGGCACCUGAUUUGUCAUUUAAUUUUCUGUGUUUGUAGUGUUACAGAUGCUCCACUUAUAUGUAUGCGUAUGCUUGCAUUCGUCCCAUUUUAUCCAUAAAUUUUCUCUGA